AUGACUAAGCUUUUCCGACAGCUCUGCGACAGAGCGCAGAGCCACAUACAGAAGGCAAAAUGGCAGCAGAAGUAUUACGCAGACACAAAGCGCCGAGCUGUGGGGUAUGCAGUGGGCGACAAGGUUUGGCUCAACAGCAAGCACCUACUGGCUUCAUCUAGCUGCCCUAAGUUCGAGCCCCGUUACAGAGGACCCUUUGAAAUCAUUGAACGAAUAGGCACCGUCGCUUACCGUCUUGCUUUACCUCUUACUUAUGAAUGCCGUAACGCUUUUCAUGUUUCGCAGUUAUUUCCCCACCGCUCCCGGCCUCCAGAGUUCGUUCCCCAAGAAGCCGAUGCUGCCUGGCCCCCUAUCCGCGAUGCGGCCAACAAUCCGACAGAGGAGCGUGAGGUCGAUUAUAUUAUGGACCAACGCGGCUCAGGCGCCGACGCCCAGUACCUCAUCAAGUGGCGCGGCACCCCCGAAGAUCAAGCCACGUGGGAGCCCGCUAAUCACCCAACAGACUGUCAGGCUUUGCUCCGUUCUUGGCACCGCCAUCAGAGAAGACGUGUUCAGGCAGGAAACAAUAUCACUCCUUCCGCGGCGUAG